UUUUUAUUCAUUAAGUAAAGUGAAGAACAGAAAAGCGAAGAAAUAAAGGAAGAGAAGACAAGGACGAACCGACCAAGCUAUUCAGCUAACUCUCUUCUUCCCUGUUUGUUUACGCUUUUAAUCCCGCAGCAUCCAGAAACUAGUUUUCAAUCUCAUCCAAUCACAAUCUCAGAGCAUGGCUAUGGGAGAAGACGUUGAUUUGUCAAAUUUGAAGUCUGAGCUAAAUGAAAGUCAUGAAAUGUGGAAGUUGGAGAUGGACCAACGCCAAUCACAAGCGAAUGCAUUACAAGAAAAGCUCAUGGAGGUUAAGGCUUGUAUAAAUGGGUCUGAGGAAGAUAUGAAGAAGGAGUUGGAGGUUCUCUGGCGAAGAGUGAAAACCACUGCAACAUUGUUGACCUACUUAAAAUCAAAAGCAAGAAUAAUGGCUAUUCCUGAUUUAGCUCAUACAUCAUGUGGCAUCAAAGAAUUAGAAGGAGUGGGGCUUGUUGACAAGAAUGGUACACCCCUUUCUAGUUGGUCUAGGACUGUUGAUCUUUCUUCUUUUGACAGUCCUGAUGAUGAAACAUGGAUUAGACUAAGUGAGCAGCGGGGUAGCUGUGGUGAACAAGAUGAAGCUUAUAUUGGUGAAUUGCUCCAGUCUGUACAGAUGGUAACAGAUGUAAUGGAAGCUCUUGUUAAAAGGGUUCUAAUGGCAGAAUCUGAAACUGCAAUUGAGAAAGACAAGGUAACGUUAGGUAAGGAAGAAAUUAGGAAGAAGGCAAUCCAAAUUGAGACCAUGUCUUCAAAAUUAGAGGAGAUGGAGAGUUUUGCUCUGGGAACAAAUAGUAUUCUUAACGAGAUGCGCCAGAGGGUGGAGGAUUUGGUUGAAGAGACAUCAAGGCAGAGGCAAAGGGCUGCUGAAAAUGAAGAAGAGCUUUGCCGUGUUAAAAGGGAUUUUGAGUCGUUGAAAUCAUAUGUUAGCAGUCUCAUUAGUGUGAGAGAAACACUUCUUUCAUCAGAGAAGCAAUUUCAAACUAUUGAGAGGCUAUUUGAACGGCUAGUUGCAAAGACAACCCAGUUAGAAGGUGAGACAAUGCAGAAAGAGGCUGAAGUUCAGAAACUUAUGCAAGAGAAUGUGAGGUUGACUGCUCUUCUCGACAAGAAGGAGGCUCAACUUCUGGCCAUGAAUGAACAGUGCAAGGUAAUGGCUCUGAGUGCAUCGAAUUUAUGAUUUGGUGGGCUCUCUUAUUCGACCUUCUGGUGGCUUGUUUGGUGGAUGGUGGUUUCAUGCAAAGCGCAAUUUCCAACCUACCAGAGAGGAGUCGGGAAUUGAAUAAUGCUGAAUUGAGCAUCUCGGUUCCUUUUGGCAAAUUGUAACAUUGUGAAGAGCUCAGUGAACAUGUUUUGUGGUACAUUGUUGUGCUGUUGGAAAACGCAAGAUAGAAAGCAUUAAUCAAAGCAGUUGUUCUGUGUGAAUGGAAUAUUUGUGUUAUUAAUCAAAGAGUGGAGGAUUUGUCCA